CUUUGCUACUGACGACAAUGCCAACCAAUAAGGUGGCUGCAAGGGUCCGCGGGCUUUGGGAGUGGUUGGAAGCGAUCCGCCAAAUUCAAAUCGAGACAGACAAGGGAAAAGUUUGGGGUUUUGGGAACCCGGAAAGCGUGUGCAACAAAAUUAAGGAGGCUCUUCAGAAUGUCGUCUUCUAUGGUCCACGGCGUGGAAUCCGCGGUGACUGCCGUGUGGCGUGCGCACGCGGUCCUGGACGAGUCGGACGGGGCGGACAGCUCCCCUGAAGCUCCGGACCGCUUUCGGAAGCUCCGCUCCUCCACGUCCCUGAACUCCCUGCGCAUGUCGCUGCGGAAACGGCUGCCCCUGCGCUCCAUUCAGUCCAACGUGGAGGACACGCCCACCUGGGAGACCCUGGAUACGAACCGGAAGCCCAGCGCGGUCAGCCUCCUCACACGCAGCGCCCGGAACUCCAUCGGGACCGCCUACCAGAAGCUGCAGAAGAUCCGUGCUCCCAGGGAAGAGUGCCUGGUGGCAACGCCAGGCAAGACCCCCGAAUGCGAGGACAGCAGCUGGCCAAGGAGGAGCCAGGCCGCCCAUACCCCCUGCAAACCUGCCGCUGCCGCCUUGGCCACGGUCACGCCCAAACGCGGCCCGCAGCGAACUCCCAGGUCGGCCACCAAGCGGACGCCUCGGGCCAGUCGCACGCCAAAAUCGGGCGGGCCCUGCCAGGGCGUGAGGCCCGGCAACUCCAGGAGACAGCUGGUGCGAAUGGCAGCGCUGAGAAGCCCGUUCGCCUCUCCCAACACCAUGAGCAACAGGAGGAAGUUUGACCGGGACCUGGAGUCUGUGUCCAGCGGCCUCAGGAAACUGAAACGUCUCUCUCAGGCCUUCGAUGAUGUCAUCGGCAGGGAUGACCGGGUCCAGGCCGCGGAACGCUGCCGGGGGGUCAAUGUGAGCAGUAACGGUCCGACGCAGAGGGACCCGCCCUCCAAGAUCACCAGAGCCUCCAUCCGGUGCAGAACCCAGAGAAUGAGGGAGACCAUGGGCAGCUGGACAAGCGUGGCUUUGUCCAGCAUCCACAAAACCACCUGAAACGGGUAUCGGCUCUGAGUCUGUUCUUCCUCAUCUGUCAGUCUGUUUACUCUCUCUAAGCGUGUGUGUGUGUCAUAUACAGGGAAAAUGUAUCCUCUUAUUGUUUACCAUCUGUUUAUCUGUGAGUUAUAACGGUUUUUCUUUCUUUGUUGUGUUACCCACCUUGCCAAGGUAGUGUUCCGCGAAGCUGGAUUGAGCAGUUAGCCAACUAACCUUCGUAAUUAUUUUUUUAUGUUAUGUCAAAACUUUCCACCAAUCCGAUUUCAUCCAAUGAAACUAUUUUUGAAAGUUAGUGGGCUCCUUGAUCAUGCUUUUCGAAAUACUCCCGAAGGAAAAAUGUGUAUACAUAUUACAUAUUAGUGUACUCUGCAUAUACCAAAAGAGGAACCUUGAAUUUAAGGUGAAUUUAAGUCAAGAAUAAUUAUCUGGUGUACUUUAAUGUAGAGUUGUACAGGGAUCACAUAGCUUAUUAAAAGAACCGUCCUUUUUAUAGCAACAGUUCUGAAUAGUGCUCUUAAUGUGGCCAUGCUAUAAAUUAGUUUCAUAUCGUUUACAUAUGGCAAACUUAAGUUUCUCACAUUGUCUGAAGAUUAUCAUUGCCAAAGCAUUAAUGUUUCAUCUGUGUAUGUCAGAUUGUCCUUGAGACAGUUUUGAGAUUUACCAUCCCCAUUAAUGUGCUAGCUAUGUGCUGCUGUGCUUAUGAUGAGUCGUAAUUUCUCAAUGUUCACUUUCAGUAUAAAAAUAUUGACUGAAAUACCUGAAAAUUAGAUUUUAUGUUGGCCAGGGAAAACAUUUAGAAACGUCCAGCCUGUGUGUAUGCAGAACUUGUUGAAAAGUGAGUUUACGUGCCGUUCUUCCCCGUUUUACUGUCUCCAUGUCCUCCAACGUUUAUGUCGGUCAGAUUGUUGAUCUGAGACCGAUGUCUGAAGAAUUUAAUCCCGGAAGUCCCUCUAUACCAAUAUUUUCUCAGCUUUGGCCUGGGGGUCCACUGGUGCUCGUCACAGCCAAUAUCUUGGAUCAAUUAAGGUUGUUGAAAAAAUGUUUAAGUUCCUACAUAAUUGCAUAUUUUCACUUAUGCCAGCAUAGUUCAGGUUUGACCAUUUAGUCUGUCAUUAAUAGUUCAGUUUCAGUGACCAAACUUUCAGCAAUUUAGACCCAAAUGACCCCAGUCUAUAAUUGAAUCAAUUAAAAAAUAACAGGAAUCAUUUGUCAUACAACGCAUUACAGAAAAUUAGAGCAUUAGUUAUGGAAAAUGAUUAAAAUUCUGGAAUGUAAAUGUGGAUCCUUUAUUCUUUAUGGCGUGCAGAGCUAUUUCUGGCGUUAUGUGACCUAAAGAGGGCAAACCAUCCUUCAAUAGACAUUAAGUGUUUAAUUAAGAACAAUUAACAUCCCAUUUACUUUACAGAGGUUGCAAUUAUGGUGGGAGUGAAAAGCAGCACACAGUGGGUCCCCGGCAUUGAGUUUAUAAACUCCCUCUCUACAGUCCUACAGUACAUAUUCCUUACCUUAAACUCCCUCAGUAUGUAAUCCCAACCUGUGUUUUGGAUUCAGGUAAAAUGUGACAUAGCAUAAAAAAGCUAACAUUAAUAUGAAAUGUCAUGAAGACAUUGAAGCAUUCUAUAGGGAAGCAUAUUACUGAAAUAUAUAGAGCUAACAGUUUGUGUGAGUGCAAUUUUUUUUAUAUAAAAGAAUUGUAUAUUUUUGUAUGAAUUUUUGUAUUCUGAUAGGGUUUUGGUUACACACAAUUCUAAUCUAGCCCAGCUAAGACUGAUUGUUACACACCCCCAAGCGCCAUUUAAAAAAGCAGUUGCCGUUAAAUGUUGUAUUUCCAAUACAAGUCACACUGAAGGUGUCAAAGGUGUUUACACGCUUUAAUUGAUUAACUGUUAAGGACAUUAGUAAUUGAUGUGGCCUUGGUGUGCAACUGAAAGCCUCUGUUUGACGUCAAUGUUACACGUGUCUAAUGCUUUCCCCAUCAGGCCCAACUGAUGAAGGAGCAACGAUAAUGUUACAGAUCAGCUAGUAUGGGUUUUACUGUGUUAUGCAUGGGUCCUGUGGGGACUUUAGCCUUUGGUGUAUAUUCUGGCAGCUGUACCGACUGAUGGGUAACUUAUCAGAAAGGUCUACAGCAGCAAAUUAUUUCCUCUUCAAGGAAAAAUGUAACCCGCUGUUGAGUGAUAUUGUACAAUAAAUCAUUCAAUCAUUUAUUUUA